AUGGGUGACCAACAAAGAAAAAGUAGAUUGUCUAUACACGAAGGUGCAAGCAAGGCAGCCCUUGGAGAAAAAUCUUUCAGCAAGAUGAGGGUGAGGCGGCAAUCAUACGGCUUUGGGAGAGUGCCUGGCAUUACAGCGGCUGGGCCUAGAACUUCACAGUUGGGCAUUGAAUUCAAACGGCCCGCCUUGGUGUAUUUUCCGACGUACCAGCUCGAGCCCACACACAAAGUCAAAGAGGCUGAGGUUCAGAAGGUCAUUGACGAGCUGCUCGACGAAAACUUUACAGGCCAUAAGUAUAAUGUUCAGGAAUCUCCGGCACUAGCCUUACGUCUAUCAUGCGAGAUCAUGCGCGAGAUGAAAACCAUGGAAUACCAUCGUUAUCGCUUCAUAAUCGUCGUCACUAUUUACCAGCGCCGUGCCCAAUGUUACAACAACGCCAUCACUUUCCUCUGGGACCACGACAGAGACACCUACGUCGACGUGCAGCGAGUAACCACUACUGCCGCUAUCCAGGUCACUGCGUUCGCUAUCUAUCUUGAUUAAAGCUUACUUAACCUCCCUUUUAUAUUUACGACGACGGGAUACAUUGUUUCAACCCCUGUUCACGCGCUUUGAUUUCAAAGCGGUCAUGUAUUAAGCGAGGUCACUUGAGACAGUAGGCGCAGGACAGGUGUUACUUUGUUUAGUUGAUUGAUUUACUUAUAAUUUGGUGAAUUUUUAAUAUGGCUAAUAAAGAAUUUUGGAAUUUAAACCAGUUAUCGGCUUACCUCCUAAAUGUAGCAGGGUCUAAACAAACAUGGGCACGUCCUUGAAACGUUCAAAUGUAAAACUCAUCGCACCCGAACAAGACCUAUUUCCCAAACUUCUAACAAUGGACAAACACUGAACAACCCGAUCUAUAGACAAUAUUAGAACGAGCUUAAGUGAAUUAGUUGAAAGGCAAGUUAAGAUGUUGUAGAAGUGAAAGUCCGGAUAUUUGACUUUAGCUUUUGAUUUGUAACCGGUGACCGGAACUCUCUGGGUAAGUUUCAUCCGAUUGUGGAAGUGUGAGAGUUCUGUUUGUGUUUCAGCCUUACCAAACUGAUAAACACUGUUUAGAGUAUAGGACGUAUAUAUGUGGGUCAGUAUAAGAGGGCGAAAUAGGUUAGAUUAAGUUAUAUCUUUAAUACUAUUUUCGGCUGUCGACAUAAGGCAUUGAGGCUUGAAUUAUAGCAUUUUUUACGUAAGUACAGAGAUUUACAGUGAUUUCAUUUAUUUCUUUACUAUUUUAUUAUCACCAACUGGCUGGCUGUAUGUCUGUAAAGAUCCAAUGUCUUUGAAUGCAGACUUAGAAAUCUGCCUCCAUAAUCGAGAUUAUGUGCUUAAAGAAAAUGUGGUAUUUAUUUAUAUAGUUUCAAGAACUAGGUCUAAAAAAACAAAUCCACAUUUAUUAUUUACUUACUAUUUUACGGUGUCUUCAAUAAACAUUACACCAAUUUC